GAACCAUGAGGACUGGAAUGUUAAGGGACAGUUCCUGGCUCAGUGGGAGGACAGUGCUUUGCAUGCAAAGGUUUUGCCCCUCACAGCUUCAAGGAGGGCUGGGAAAGAAAUGCGGGACAGCCGUGGCUCUGGUUCUGUGGAGACAACGCUUGUGUGACUUUUCCCAAAUAGGCUUGCCUGGUGUCCAUGCUAUGCUCUUUCUGAUGCCAGGCAAAGAUCCCCCUAUUUCCUAAACAUUCUGAGUUUUUUAGUGUGUUUAAAUCUGUGAUUGUAUUUUAAUCUUUGUGUUCCUGCUAGGUUUUGUUGUGCUUUUACUUCCAUUUUAUGCUGCAAUUUGCAUUUUUAACAUCGUGAAGGGUGUCUUUUGCUGUAUUUUAUGGAUUGUUGUGAGCCAUUGGGCAGUAUAGAAAGAGCACUGAUCGAUCGAUCAACGCUUUCUGGGUGAAUUCCCUCUGGCUUUCCUGGACGCCUGAUGAGGUGCCGGCAGGGGUGUGGGGAGCGGGGCUUCCUGGGUGUGGGCGAGCUGCUCUUGCCUUUUUGCUCAAGGGGUCUUUCUUCUCUCCCGCCCCCCCCCCAACUCCUGGCUCUGCAGCAGAUGACAGCUCGGCUGAUGCUGGCGGUCGGAGGAGCGGUCCUGGGUUCCUUGCAGUUUGGUUACAACACUGGAGUCAUCAACGCCCCUCAGAAGGUGAUAGAAACAUUUUACAAUGAAACCUGGUACAGCCGCUAUGAGGAGUACAUCAGCCGGGGUACCCUCACCACACUGUGGUCGCUCUCUGUGUCCAUCUUCUCGGUUGGUGGGAUGAUCGGGUCGUUCUCCGUCGGCCUGUUUGUGAACCGGUUUGGGCGGCGGAACUCCAUGCUGAUGUCCAAUGUCCUCGCCUUCCUCGCCGCCGUGCUCAUGGGUUUCUCGAAGAUGGCUGCCUCCUUUGAGAUGCUGAUCUUGGGCCGCUUCAUUAUUGGGGUAUAUUCUGGCCUCACCACAGGCUUCGUGCCCAUGUAUGUGGGCGAAGUGUCCCCCACAGCCCUCCGGGGGGCUCUGGGGACACUCCACCAGCUCGGCAUCGUUGUGGGGAUCCUCAUCGCACAGGUGUUCGGCUUGGAUCUGAUCAUGGGGAGCGAGAGCCUGUGGCCCCUGCUGCUGGGCUUCGUCUUCCUCCCUUCCCUGCUGCAGUGCAUCCUCCUGCCCUUUGCUCCGGAGAGCCCUCGCUUCCUCCUCAUCAACCGUAACGAGGAGAACAAGGCCAAGAAUGUUCUCAAGAAACUCCGCGGGACGACUGAUGUCAGCAGCGACCUCCAGGAGAUGAAGGAGGAGAGCCGGCAAAUGAUGCGGGAGAAGAAAGUGACCAUCGCGGAGCUUUUCCGCUCACCCAUGUACCGCCAGCCCAUCCUCAUCGCCAUCAUCCUGCAGCUUUCUCAGCAGCUCUCAGGCAUUAACGCGGUUUUCUACUAUUCCACGAGCAUCUUUGAAAAAUCUGGGGUGCAGCAGCCAGUCUACGCUACGAUCGGGUCAGGGGUUGUCAACACAGCCUUCACGGUUGUCUCGCUGUUUGUGGUGGAGCGGGCUGGACGAAGGACUCUUCACCUGGUCGGCCUGGCUGGAAUGGCGGGCUGCGCGGUCCUCAUGACGAUCGCCUUGGCCCUUCUGGAGCAACUGUCUUGGAUGUCCUACAUCAGCAUCAUCGCCAUCUUUGGCUUCGUGGCCUUCUUUGAGAUCGGCCCAGGCCCCAUUCCGUGGUUCAUCGUGGCAGAGCUGUUCAGCCAAGGCCCGCGACCUGCUGCCUUCGCCGUUGCAGGGCUGUCGAACUGGACGUCCAACUUUAUUGUGGGCAUGGGCUUUCAGUAUGUGGCGGAGCUAUGUGGCGCCUACGUCUUCAUCAUCUUCACAGUGCUUCUGGUCCUCUUUUUCAUCUUCACCUACUUCAAAGUGCCGGAAACCAAGGGCCGAACCUUUGACGAGAUUGCCUCUGGCUUCCGCCAGGGAGGGGCUGCACAGGGCGAGAACAAGACGCCGGACGAGUUCCACAGCUUGGGUGCCGACUCCCAAGUCUAAGCCGUGAUGACCGGCGGGUGGGCGGGCUGGCUGGCUGGCUGCUCCCUUGCUUGACUCCUUUCCUGCCUGUUCUUACUGCUUACAGAGAAACCAGGCCCGGGGCGAAGGAGGUAUUUGGGCCUCUUUCAGGGCCUGCUACCUGGUUUCCAGGUUAUGAACUGACACCCUCCUGCUAGGAAGGGCUAGCUGAUCUCACAUCCAGUAUUUCAACGCUGACAAGAUUUUGAAGUGAUGGCGAACGGUCAAGCCAAGCCGCCUCCUCCAGGCUGGAAGCAUUUCUUUCACCUCAACCUCCCUCCUCUUUUUCCCAAGCAGGGAAAAAAGCAGGAACCCCUCACCCCCACCCAAGUUUGCAACACUGGAAGCAACGCAUUUAAAACAUGGGAUCAAAAGAAAACUGUUUUGCAUUUGCUUUUAAAGAUGUAAUUACACUUUUUAGAAGGCCUAAACUGAGAAGGCCAGUGUUUAAAAGUCAUGGGGAAAUACAUCUUGGGGAAGAGAAAAGCUCUGGUGUUGCUCCAGGCCAGUAAUUUUAAGCUUGUGCAGGCGCUACACUUGCCCUAGCCUGAGAUGUCUCUUCCAUGAAACUAUUCAAGGAAAGCAACGGUUGCCCCUAUGUGGGGCAAAACGGUCCCUUCUGCCCCACCGUACUGUUUUCUAGAGAGGUCAGUGGAGGUCACCAUGGUUGGCAGGAGUGGAAGAUGGAGGUUCUCAAAAUGCCUGGGAACCAGAUGCAAACCCCUUCCUCCUCACUGAAUACUUUGGCACCAAAAUUGAAUCUCUGUCACCCUUUCGUGGGAUCUCUGAAAUCCUUGCUUGGGAGGCAGCUGAUGGGAGGACUGAGCCAGUUUGGGAAGGAAAACCACAGAGCCCUCCCCCCAGUGGAGAUCCGAAAGCAACCUUAGCUGGUCCGAAUUGUAGCCAGAGGUGACCUGCUGUGGGAGACUCUCUUGGAGACAUCAUGCAAUGGGCCAGAAACUCCUCAUGCAUUUCACCACACAGCUGGGCCCCUUUUGGGACUGGGUUUGGAUUGGCUGCCCCUUGUGUGUGCCAAGUUGCUUGAGGCAUGGCAUAGGGGGACGGCCUGAACCCCUCCCCUAAUCGCAAAGUGUUCUGGAAGCAGUCAGUCCAGCUCUCUGGCAAGAAUGGCCUGGGUGGGCAGGGAGGGGGGAGGACGAGUGCCCAGGUGGGAGGCGGUGCACUGGUCUGGCCCCUGCGCGGGGAGUGUGCCUGUCGACAGCGGUGGCCCUUGCCUGCCGCUGCAGUUCUCCACCGCGGGCAGCGAGGCGUCCACUUGCCAAAACGCACAUGUCGCCCCAGGUUUCCUGCCUUGGUCCAGCAUGCUCCUGUCUUCCCGGUGGCUUCUUAGGAGUCUUAGAGUGGGCUCCCAGCAGCCUCCAGGGGCGGGCAUGAAGGUGGCGGCAGCCCCCCCCCCCGCUGCUCCCCGCCCUGAGGCAAACAGCCUCCAGAGGAGGCUUCGUUUAGCACGCGGGGGCAACUGCUCUCACGGGCCGGAGGGCCACUGGGUCCAGCCCCUGCUCAGUCUAGGACUCCCAGUGAAACCCUCAGGUAGCUGUCCACUUGUGCAUAGUGUGGGAGAGCCCACAAUCUCCCGAGGCCACUGGUUCCUUUGUCAUACUGCCCUAGCAGGAGGUUCUUCCUGGGAUCUAGCUGGAAUCGGGCUAGACAGAAUCUGACAGAAUCUGGUAACUUGAGUCUGUUAUUCCAUGUCCUGCACUCCGGGAUGACGGAGAAGAGACCCUGACCUUCCUCUUUGUGACAGCCUUCCAGGUAUCUGUGGAGCACUAUCUUAUCACCCCUUAGUCUUCUCAAGGCUAAACAUGCCCAGCUCUUCCCAGCUCCUGGCAGGGCGUUGUUUCCAGUCCCCCGACCGUCUCUGCCGCCCUCCUCCGAACCCUUCCCAGCUUGUCUGCAUCUCUUAAACCGGUGCCAGAACUGGACACAGCGCGCCAGAUGAGGCCUGACUAUGGACAAACCUCUUUGUCCUCCAUGGGAUUGUCUCAUCCUCCUUCCAUGCAUCCAUAGGCCAGCGUGGGAGCAAGCUCCUGCUGUUCAUUCCAUCAUCCUGGUGUCCUCCAGACCAGCAGCCAGCUGUGAAUCGGGCUCUGCAGAUUCCUCCAGCAGGAAAGGGCCUGAACGACGAUAGGUCUGACACCUUGCAUAUCGUGGUUUUCCCAAGAGCCUUUUGCCCCAGCCCUCUUCCUUCGCCAGAGCACCCGAGAAGUUGUCCCACUGCGCCCGUUCCAAGUGAGGCCUCCUUUCCUCGCCUUCUGCACCCUUGAUUCACUGACACCCCCCCUCCCGGCCAAAAGUAAAAUAAAAAAAUGCUGCAUAUAUUUCCCGCUUACUGUGUAUGGACUGGAAAUAUUUAUAUUAUAUAUAUUGUAUUUUUUUCAACUGUGUUAAUAGUACACUAAGUUAUAGUCUGGUUUCAGAUGAACAAGCAGCAUACUGUAAAUAUUGAGAUAUAUUCAUAAUGUAUGAUACAGCAGUUUUAGUUAAAUAGCAACUGUAAUACCAGACUUGUAUAUGACUGACCUUUUUUGUAUAGAUCAAACUCACCUGCACUGUAGUUGCAUCUAUUGCACUGAUGUUUUAAUUUUUCUUUGGCAUAUUCAAUCAAUCCCAUCCCAGACCUUAAAGGACCCUGGCUCCCCAAGCAAAUGUUGCGUAGACGUUUUCGGCAGGUUAGCAAAAAGAAAGAAGAGAAAGGAAAAAUGCAUACACAGCUUUUUAAUACUACAUUGUUAUUUAUUUUUCUGUCUUUCAAAGUGAAGAGACAACCACAUCUGGAAAAAAUGGUUUUCAUGGGGAAGGGAAAAACCGUCUAACUUGCUAACUUUGGGUUUGCUGUGUGUAGGGCAUGGAUGGCAGUCCGGACUUUCUGAAGUGCCAAUUCGAGGAGUGUGGGGAACAAGAAACAAAGCAUCCAGAAAGCAAUUUGUAUGGCUGGAAUAAAUGAAAAGAGUGUUUGAGAGCC